CGCCGCUGUCACACUCGCUAAAUGCCUUUGGGCACUUCACACCAGUUAAACUAUUACUCACACUGACACAGACCAGCAGAACAAGCAAACAUGGCAAGCAGCAAAGUGUGUCUCGUGGCAUCUCUCUGCUCCCUCGUCAUCCUUACAACCUUUAUCGGCAGCACACAGUCAGCGAGCUGCUGUCUGAGGUACACCAGGCGUCCAUUGCCAUGCAGGCGGCUGCUGGGAUACACGAUCCAGACCAUUAACACUUCCUGCGACAUCAGUGCCAUUGUCUUCCAUGUUCCCGGGAGGUUUGUGUGUGCUGAUCCUUCACAGAAAUGGACCCAGAGAGGGAUGAAGUGUGUGGAUGAAAUGAGGAAGACAAAUGCUCAGAACAUCAAAAAGAGGACUACCACAUCAGCAUAAGCUCAUUACAACAAUGAAUCAAUUUGUUCAUUCCUACACCCAAGAACCUAAUUUGAUACUGUAAAAUAAACUGGUGUUGUUGUUCACAUUUUACACUUUAUUUUAUAAAUUACUGUAACAGGGACUUUAAUAAGAUUUUUGUUCCAUUUGUUUUAUAUUUGUUCUGUUUUAUAAACAGGGAAGAGUAGUAUUCUUAAUACAUGUGUAGUAAACUGUAAGCUAUGGCUACAGUGCAUCAACAAACGAAAUGAAUGAAAACAUUAUUUUACUCAGAGAGAUGGAGUAUGAAACACUAUGUUCCCAAAAUGUUGGAAUUUUUGAUUGUAAUUGAUAUUUGUCAAAGAAUUUAUUAAAACACGUCUGCAUUCA